AUGGACAUCUCAAUCGCUGGAGCUCCAGCAGGCAGGAUCGUCAUGCGUCUGCUCAAGGACGAAAUUCCGCUCGCUGCGGAAAGCUUUCGCUGCCUAUGCACAGGCGAAAAGGGGGGAAUUCUUACAUUCAAAGGGUGCAAGUUUCACCGCAUCAUCAAAAACUUUGUUGUCCAAGGCGGAGACUUUACCACCGGGGACGGAACGGGUGGGCAGAGCAUCUACCGCGGCACUCUACAUGGUGAUCUCUGGGGUAACUUUAAGGAUGAAAAGUUCUUGCCCCAUGAUGACGUGGGACUGUUGUCCAUGGCGAAUGCUGGCAAGAACACAAACGGCUCACAGUUCUUCAUCACGACGAAGGCAGGUCUCAAUAAUCUCGAUGGGAAGCACGUCGUGUUCGGUGAGGUCAUCGAUGGAUUCGACGUCGUGGAUGCGAUGCAAAGUGUGAAGGUGAGCAAUGGCAAUAAUCGCCCUCUUUCGGAGAAUGAAGUCGAAAUUGUGGAUUGUGGCGAGCUGUAA